CGCGCAGGACGUGCCUGUGUCAGGGCUUUAACACCGUUAUCUUGCCUCUCUCUCUUCGUGGGCUGGAACUUCACCCCAAGUGGCUGCAGUCGCAAUUAAGAAACCACGCCUGUUGCUCUCCAGUCCUCCUGCUUUACACUACUUAUACUUCCCUGGAGCUCAAGCUGUCUCCAGAGCUGCUGCGUCCAGACAACUUCACAACCACUGGAGGAGGAUUUUUUUUUUUUUCCUUUUAUUAUUUUAUUAUCGCGAGAGCGUCGGCUACAUUACGAGCCUUCAGGGCUGAACCCGGCCACUGCUUUUCGGGCUGGGAGGUAUAAUAGUCCAGCUUUGUCCAGGGAAACACGCACAAUAACAGACAUGGAGUACCUCAAGUUUUGUUUUGUGUUUUCAUGCUGGAUGAAGUUUGCAAAUUGCCUCUACUCUACUGAUACACCUCAAACUCCUGCGCCUAUUCCUAAAGAAAAAUUGCUCGUCCUUACUGUUGCAACAGAGGAAACGGAUGGCUUCCUCCGCUUUAUGCAGUCUGCAAACUACUUCAAGUACAAUGUGAAGGUGUUGGGAAUGGGAGAAGCGUGGAAGGGUGGUGACGUGGGCCGCUCUAUCGGUGGAGGGCAAAAAGUCAGACUACUGAAGGAGGCCAUGGAGGCUCUGGCUGACCAGGAGGAUCUUGUUGUCCUUUCCGUGGAUAGCUAUGAUCUUAUCUUUGCUGGGGGACCAGAGGAGAUUCUCAGGAAGUUCCAACAAGCCAAUCACAAAGUGCUGUUUGCUGCAGAGGGACUGAUAUGGCCAGAUAAGAAACUAGCUGACAAGUACCCCUCAAUCCGCAGUGGCAAGCGCUACCUCAACUCUGGAGGUAUAAUCGGCUAUGCCCCAUCCAUAAACGGAGUUGUUUCACAGUGGAACCUCCAUGACAAUGACGACGACCAGCUUUUCUAUACCAAAAUAUACGUGGAUCCUUUACAGCGACAAACUCUCAAUAUGACUUUGGACCACAAAUGCCAGAUUUUCCAGAACCUGAAUGGGGCCGUUGAUGAAGUGCUUCUCAAGUUUGGAACAGACCGCGUCAGAGUUAGAAACACAGUGUACGACUCUCUGCCAGUGGUUGUCCAUGGCAACGGAAACACCAAAAUGUACUUGAACUACCUGUCCAACUAUGUCCCCAAUACAUGGAACUAUGAACAUGGCUGUAGCCACUGUGAUGACGAUAUUGUGGACCUGUCUCAGUUAAAAGAGUAUCCCAAUGUGUUGGUUGGAGUAUUCAUUGAGCAGCCAACUCCAUUUCUUCCUGAGUUCUUCCAGCGGCUGCUGACCCUGGAUUAUCCCAAAGAUAAACUCAAAGUUUUUGUCCACAAUAACGAGGUUUACCAUGAGAAGCACAUCCAGCAGUUCUGGGAAGAGAACAGGAAUGUGUUCAGCAGUUUCAACGUUGUGGGACCAGAAGAAAUUUUGAGCCAAGGAGAGGCCAGGAAUAUGGGCAUGGAUCUUUGCCGUAAGGAUGCCACGUGCGACUACUACUUCAGCAUAGACACAGAUGUGAUGCUCACCAACAGACAGACACUGAAGCUCCUCAUUGAGCAGAACAGAAAAAUAAUUGGUCCCCUUGUCACUCGUCACGGCAAGCUGUGGUCCAACUUCUGGGGAGCCUUGAGUCUGGAUGGUUAUUACGCUCGCUCCGAAGAUUAUGUCGACAUUGUGCAGAGGAAACGUGUGGGUAUGUGGAACAUUCCUUUCAUGGCACAUGUAUACCUUGUCAAGGGCAGUGCUUUGAGGAAUGAACUGAAAGAGAGGAACUACUUUGUGCUGGAGAAACUAGACUCAGAUAUGGCAUUUUGUAGAAAUGCCAGAGAAAUGACCAGUCACAGAGAAAAAGACUCCCCUUCUCCGGAAUCAUUCCAUAUGCUCAGGCCCCCAAAGGGAGUCUUCAUGUACAUAACAAACCGUCACGACUUUGGGAGGCUCAUUUCCGCAGCCAAUUAUAACACUUCUCAUUAUAACAGUGACUUGUGGCAGAUAUUUGAAAACCCUGUGGACUGGAAGGAGAAGUACAUCCACCCAAACUACACUCGAAUUUUCACUGAGAACUACCUGGAGGAGCCCUGUCCAGAUGUGUACUGGUUCCCAGUCUUCUCAGAGAAGGCCUGUGAUGAAAUAGUUGAGGAGAUGGAGCACUACGGGUCAUGGUCUGGUGGCAAAAAUGAGGACAAGCGGAUCUCCGGCGGCUAUGAAACCGUGCCGACAGACGACAUUCAUAUGAAGCAAAUCGGCUAUGAAAAAGAGUGGCUACACUUCAUCCGAGAGUUCAUAUCGCCCAUCACGUUAAAAGUUUACUCUGGCUACUUCACUAAGGGUUAUGCUGUAAUGAACUUUGUGGUGAAAUACACGCCUGAGAGGCAAGCGUAUUUGAGGCCCCAUCACGACUCCUCCACCUUCACCAUCAACAUCGCCCUCAAUAACAAAGACACAGACUUUCAGGGUGGGGGUUGCCGUUUCCAUAGAUACAACUGCUCCUUAAUUUCACCAAGGAAAGGCUGGAGCUUCAUGCACCCAGGACGACUGACUCACCUCCACGAAGGCUUGCCCACCACCAACGGCACCCGCUACAUCGCAGUGUCCUUCAUCGACCCUUGAACCAUCUGAUUAUACUGUAAAUUAGUCUUUUGACCUUGCUUUGCUUUUUUUCCCCCUGUCAUUUUUGUUUUGUUUUGUCAUUGACGUUUUGUGCCCCAGAUGUUUUGCUGAUGCAAUUCUAUUUACAAAGCAAAAACUUUAAAAGAAUAAAAAAUUGCGUGAAAAAGGAAUCUCUGUCAAACAGAGUGUAGAAGGAAAGUGACAAAAGUAAUUCACACUUUAGAUACACAAAUAAGAAAGAACAGUAUGCUAGCAGGGUACACAAUUGUGCCACAAUCUCAUUUACAUUUAUUUUUAGAUUCAAAACAAACAUCCUACCUGGAAUUGUUGGUACUGUAGCUUAUCAUGAUUUUCACAAUACUGAUUUAUUGGCGAAAAUGGAAUAUAAUGUUAACAAGUAUGUUUUAUUUUGCAAUCUGCAACAUCACUGCUAGAUGCCACCAUAUCCUACACACUGCACCUUUAACACUGUCAAGAUAACUUUGCUAGCCAUUGUGUAUUUAUUUGUGUUUCAGGUAAAAUGUCACUGAACGCAUUUUACUAUAGUAACUUGUCAUUGCUUCAAUGACUACUGGUGCUUAUAAGCACUCCAUGUGUCUGCAUUUGACAUUUAAGUCAAUAUUGGGUGGAGUGUAAGUUAAAGUGUUUUUAUACCCUGAAACAGUUCAUAUUCCAUUUGUGAUAUGAAUGAAAGUAAAGUGUGAUAUGUGCCCUGUAAAGAAAUAAAUCUAUUUUUGGAAUUUUGCACACCAGAAAAACAAGACCGCAGAAUUCAAUAUGAAUUAUGUUUGAAUGAAGUUCAAUAUUCUGUUUUACUUGAAAGGGUUUUCUUCCUUCUUUAUUGGAAAUUUGUAAAAAUGCAUUUACUUUCCUGGAGACAUUUCUGCAAUAUUGUUCUGAAAUAUGUGUGUGAAUGGAUUUUGAGACUCAGCAAGUUGUUUAACUUAUUGUCAAAAUUGAAUAAAAGUCUUUAUAAAAAAUGAAA